UUCUUUAGGUUACUUAACAAUUAACAUAGAGCACUAGGGACAAUUCACAAACAUUGGCUGGUUGAAGGUCAGUUUUUGUUUGAAAUACUAAUACUGUCGGUUAUGAGUUUCGUAAAGCAAUUAUCUUUAGCUGUGUGUUAUUACGUCCAUUUUAGUGGUACCCCUAUGGUAUGGUUCAGACUGAAAACUAACAUUUUUCGCAGGAUCAUGUGAUAUGGAGAAUCGGAUGUUGAACUCGUUCCAGAAACGUGACAAUACUGGGAAGAAGGUGUUUGCUUGAAUUACAUAUGAGUACCAAUAAUGACGUGGAAUCGUUUCGCACCGAAUGAAAUUCGACCAAGUUUAAAAUAUCUAGAAUUGAAAAAAUAAACAAAUAAUAUAUUAUGAACAAAUUUAAAUAACGUAAUUUCGUUAUUUAUUUUUUAUUUUUCUUUAUUUUUUGAUUUGUUGUUGUUCUUGUUGGGCACUGGUGUCAGAAACAUUUUUGCCAGAAAUUUUUCCAAAGGUUUUCUUUGUUGAACAGUAUUAUAUCGCUAUAUAAUUUGAAGCUUCGGCACCGACGAGCGAUGACGUUCCAACGGACGACCUGCUCAAACUAAGCAAAUUGAUUGCAUUGGUAAUCGAGUGGCAGCCUUAACUUUACGCACGUUGUUUUUUUAUCGUGGGUGUAACAGAGAUAAAAUCGCAGACUAUGGAAGAUCGAGCUGUUCCCUAUAUUCUUCUUUUUAGAUUUGCAUCUACAUCCGAUGUGUGGUUAACGAUUGUUUCUAUAGUGUCGGCCGUUUCGGCUGGUAUUUCUCUUCCUGUCUUGAUAAUUCUUUUCGGCAAACUUACCGAUAGUUUUGCUCGUGGAGAAAGCUCAGCUUGUUCAUAUACCUAUAACGGUAACGGAUGUGACACGGCUCGCAUUAGCAAUAGAACUCAAUUUGGCAAGCUCCUUCCCGAAAACCAGAUGAAACGUUAUCCUCUUAUGGAAGAUGUAAUUACAUAUUGCAUCGAAAGUGCCACGGUGGGAGUUGCCUCACUCAUUCUACAUGCUGUCUUCGUGGCAUGCCUUAACGUGGCGGCUUAUAAUCAGGGGCGCAGAAUAAGAAGUUUAUUAUUCGAGGCCGUUCUGUUUCAAGAGAUAGCUUGGCACGACAUUCGGCAUCCCCAGGAUUUUGUCGCACAGUCAACAGAUAACGUCCGAAAAAUAGAAGAGAGUAUAGGCGAAAAAUUAGGAUUAAUUAUAUAUUACUCAUCAGCCUUUGCUGCGUGCACCAUUACUGCAUUGUACCAUGGAUGGAGACUAACCAUGGUUAUUCUAUCACCUCUUCCUCUACUGACUGCUACGACAUUUUUCCUCUCAAAGCAAAAGACAAAAUUUAUGCUUCAGGAACUUUGUGCCAAUUCGCUAGCUAUUGCAAGUGUUGAAGAGGUGUUUGAAUGUCUUCGAACGGUUGUGGCAUUUGGUGGGCAACAAAAAGAGCUGCAACGUUUCCAGCAAGAAAUGCAAACGACUGAAUUUGCUACCUUCAGACGCAGCCUCUUAAGUGGUCUGGAAGCCGGCUUGUGGUGGCUCCUAACAUUCGUAUCUUACGCCUUGGCAUUUUGGUACGGAGUAGGCAUGGUUUUGUCCUCUUCGUCCUCCCUCUCCGACAAUAAAUCGAUUCAAGGAGAACAAAAAUAUUCAGUGGCAACUUUCAACAUAGUUUUUUUUAACGUUCUCUACGGGGGAACUAAAAUCAGCCAACUUCUUAACCUGAUCGAGAUAUUUUAUACUGGAAAAGUCGCAGCCAAUUCGGUGUUUAAAACAAUCGACACCUUAAGAAUAACACAGCUUUCUAAAAAGAGGGAGAGCCACAAUUCCCCAGGAAAAAUUGAAGGACUGAUAGAGUUUGAUGAAGUCCAAUUCAGCUACCCCUCAAGACUGGAGGUGUCUGUCUUGAAAGGCAUCUCUUUCAACAUUCCACUUGGAAAAACAGUAGCUUUAGUUGGACCGUCUGGCUGUGGCAAAACAACAGUGAUACAAAUCAUUCAAAGAUUGUACGACCCGAUCCAAGGUGUGAUUCGUCUGGACGGUAUACCACUAAAUGAAUACGACCCAAUUUGGUUACGGCGUAAUAUAGGCAUCGUUGGUCAAGAACCUGUUCUCUUUGCAGCCACCAUUAGAGAAAACAUUCUAUUAGGGGGUUGUUUUAAUGGAAACGAACAACAAGAAAUAUUGAUGGUAGAGAUGCAACAUGCCGCAAGACAGGCUCUUGCUCAUGACUUUAUCCGGUCACUUCCGCUGGGAUACGAAACUGUAAUUGGCGAAGGCGGCACGCAACUAAGUGGCGGCCAGAAACAAUGCAUUGCCAUAGCUCGAGCACUAAUGAAAGAUCCAAAAAUUCUCCUGUUAGAUGAGCCAACCUCAGCUUUAGAUACAUUGAGUGAAGUUGCAGUGCAGAAAGCUUUGGACAGCGUUUGCAGAGGAAGAACUUGCGUUAUUAUUGCACACAGGAUGGCUACCAUUCGGAAAGCCGAUUUAAUCAUCGUUCUACAUGAAGGACUCAUUGCCGAAAGCGGAUCCCAUGAAACCUUAAUGGCUAAAGGAGGAUUGUACUUUAACCUUGUCACUAAAUCAAAUUCAGCUCAUAGUCAAACCUGUUCACCAAUUGCUGAACCAUCUUCUAAAAUCAGACCAAUCCAAUCAAACAAUUCGGUUAUUUCCGCCUUGGAAAACCAACCUCCAAAUUUGACGAGCGUUAACGGCGUAAAAGCUCAGUCUAACAGGAGUAUGCCUCGGCAUAUGCAUCAUGGAGAAAUAUGUUCGCAAAAAAAGUAUUCUACUUGGUUAACGAAAGUCGUAGGACUUAAUCGGCAAUUGUUACCUUACGUUGCCCUUGGCGUUUUGGGAUCAAUCAUCACAGGACUUUGCCAACCAAUCUUUUCAAUUGUUUUCGGAGAAACGUUAAGCCUUCUGAGCAUGGGGACACGCGCUGAUACAGAGAUUAAUGAAAUUAGAGUCAAGUUUCUAUUCGCCUUCUUAGUUCUAGCCGUAGUUGCGGGUAUCGCUGGAUUUGUGCAAACAUUCACUUUCUCUCUGGCUGGAAGUCGAUUGCUGCUACAACUCCGAAUAUUGAGCUACCAGUCAAUAUUAAAUCAAGAAAUAAGUUGGUUUGAUCGACCGGAAAAUAGUGUAGGUGCUCUUUGCACGCGUUUGAUGAGUGAUCCAUUUAACAUUCAAUCAGUGGUUGGUUUGCGAAUGGGUGCCGUCAUCCAAGGUUUAUCGUCUUUGGUCUUCUCACUAGGUUUAGCUUUCUAUUACCAGUGGAAACUAGCGUUAGUCGGGUUCAUAUUUAUCCCCAUGUUAUUGAUCAUCUUUGUGAUAGACUCGAAACUAGGAUGGACACAAAACUCGGCAGAAGAAAAGAAAUGUAUUGAAGAUUCGAACCGCGUAGCAACGGAGACCAUCUCCAACAUUCGCACAGUGGUGGGCCUUAAUAAACAAGAACAUUUUUAUGAAAAUUACAAAGAAAUAUUAGAAAUGGGACAACAGCCUCUUAGAAUGAGGGCGGCCGUUCGUGGCUUGGUAUGCGCGUUGGCCUCAAAUCUUGACACGCUCGUUUCUAUCUUUUUUAUGUUUUAUGGGGGUUAUCUGGUUCAAAACGAAGCCAUACCCGUUAAAAAUGUGUUCACUGUCUCUGAGUCUCUUGUGUAUGGCAUGGAAAACGUUGGGAAAGAUUUGGCUUUUAUGCCAAAUUUUAGAAAAGCGUUUGAUUCGGCUGGGCGUUUUUGCAGUUUAUUGGAUACAGGCGUAGAUUCUAGCGACACUUCUUCUGAUCACAAACCAACUGCUUAUAUCCCUCAUGCCCGUCUAUUGGAGCAAAUCAAGUUCGAGAAUGUACGAUUUAGUUAUCCUGUUCGGGCUGAUGUACCAGUUCUAGAUGAAUUCAAUGUCGUUAUUCAGCCGGGCCAAAGGGUGGCACUAGUCGGACCCAACGGUUCGGGAAAAUCUACGUGCAUUCAGCUACUUCAACGCUUCUAUGAUCCCGAUCGGGGAAGUAUUCAUUUGAAUGGAUGUUCUUUGGUCGAUUUCUCAAAAAAAUCUUUACGGUUCCGGUUUGGCCUGGUCUGCCAGGAACCAAUUCUCUUCAACCGGACCAUUGGUGAGAACAUUGCAUACGGGGACAACACUCGCCAGGCACUCACUGAGGAACUUAUAGAAUCUGCUCGUCAAGCCAACAUACACCAUUGGAUUGAGUCGCUACCCAACGGUUAUGAAACAAUCGUGGGUCAUCGUGGAGCUCAGCUAAGCGGCGGUCAAAAACAACGUGUGGCCAUAGCUAGAGCCCUUCUCAGGCGACCUCAAAUCCUAAUUCUAGACGAAGCGAUGUCUGCUCUGGAUUCUGAAUCUGAACUUUUGGUUCAGCAAGCGCUCAAUCGAGCUCAGGUUGGCCGUACUUGCAUCGUUAUUUCCCACAGCUUGCAGUCAAUCAGUAACGCGAAUCUCAUACUUGUAUUGAACCGAGGAAGAAUUGAAGAACAAGGUAAUCAUCAGCAAUUAAUGGAAUUAGGAGGUCUAUAUCAUAAAUUGUUCACAUCGGAAAAAAGUUGUUGACAAGGAUACAACAUAUAAAAUGUAAUGCUUAUCCCGCCAGCAGCAGGUGAUUAAACAACCGUAGUCUAUACCUGAAAAUUUCUUAAUCGUGUCUUUGGUUUUGAAUAAUUUGUGUUAACAAAUCCCAAAUCAAGUAAAUAAAGCAAAAUAAUUACUGGCGGUGCUGCCAUGGUAAACUCGCCUUUAUUCAAAAUUGUUUUUCCCUUAAUUGAUUUACUCUACAUUAAGCUCCACAACUGUGUAUCUGAGCACUAUUACAACAUAUGACAGACUGAUACGACUCUGAACAAUUCGACAAAACAAGGAGAUAUGAAACCCCAAGGCAACUAUAGCUAUUACAAUAAAAAAAUUUAUUUCACAUCAUAAGAAUGAACAUCAUCAAAGUAAAUGGAACCGGGUUCUCUCUUUGUUUCCCGGCAUUCAAUAA